CGAGUCCCCUCGUCCGCCCCAAAUCUGGCGUCGCGCUGUCUUCUUCUUCUCUUCUACCCCCGUGCGCCUCCGAUCCAGCGCAAUCCGGCGCGGGCUCUCGCGAAUCUGACGGGGGCUCUUAUAGAUUGGUGUGGUUCGGAGGUCGCUGUAUCGGCAGGCGCCGCCGGGAGCUGCCGAUUGAGCUCCGGGUCGCCGGAUUUGACCGCGUAGAACGAGACCCAGGAGGCGGUUUGUGGCCCGCCGCCUCGCCGGUAGCGUACGCCGGGGGACGGCACAUGCGCGUGACGGUCACGCCGAAAGACGAGGAGAGGCUGGUCGUGCUGAUGACGAGGGAGCGGCCGCGGUCGGCGGUGCUGGCGCCAGGGGGCGACCUCGUUUCCGCCAACGGCGGAGGGGAGACGUCUGACGAGGACUCCUCUGAGUCGCUGGAGGAGAUUACGGCCGCUGACUUUCAGAAGGAGUCGUCCGGCGGCGCCGCCGCCGGGACGGCCGCGUCGGCGGCGGCGCAGAGAUCUAGGGUUUGGAUGGGGUACACCAUGUCGCGCAGUUACGCGCCGGCAUUCCACAGCUUUGCGUGGGCCCAGGCCGUGCAGAAUAAGCCGCUCGUUCCUCCUCCUGCCGCCGACGAGGACGAGGUCGAGCACAUCGUGGACACCUCUGACGAGGAGAAGGAAGAGGGCGAGAUUGAGGAGGGGGAAGCUGUGGAUACCUCCUUUCCAUCUCCGCAUGCACAGCCUGAGACUAUCGACUUGGACUCUGAUGUGCCGGAGAAGUCGGAAUCGAUGGCUGUGGAGGGGAGUAAUACUGCGGCUGUGGCUGUUGAAGAGGAGGUUGAUUUUGACCAGCGUGUGGGGAGCAUAUUGGAGGAGCUUGAAAUGGUUUCCAUCGAGGAAGCUGAGAAGUCAUUUGAGGGUGCGUGUGAACGCCUGCGCACUUGCUUUGAGAACCUGAAGCCGCUGUUCCUGGAGAGUGGUAGCCCGAUGCCUAUGCUUGACGCUCUUGUUCAGCAGGGGUUUGUUGGAAUUGACACCAUAACCACUGUGGCUAAUUCAUAUGCCAUGCCGAAGAGGGUCCAGAACAAGGAAAUGCUCUUGAAGUUGCUGUUUCACUUAAGAAACAGAUAUUCAGACAUGCUGACACCUGACCAGCGAGUUGAGCUCGAUAGUCGUGUGAGACAGUUAGCUUUUGUGGAUGGAGAAGAAAAUACUGAUGGUCCAAAUGCCAGUUGCAGCACCAAUUCAACGAACGUUGUGGUUCCAACUGGACAGGUUCCAUCAGAGAGAUUACCAUUUGAAUCAGGAGCAACAAAUCCAUUUAGUGGCUCAAGUUUGCCCUGGUUGGAGACACAGACAAAGAAUAGAAUGGUUAGCCCCUUGCUGGAUCUUCAUGCAGAUCAUGAUGAGAACAGCUUACCCUCACCUACCCGAGAUAAUGCACCACAGUUUUCUGUGCCAAAGCCCAUUGGGUUUGGAGCAUUUCCAAUGGGACCUGACAGAUCUUUGACAGAAAGAGCUGAGCCUUCUAAAAAAAAUCUGUAUCCUUCCGUAAAUGAUUCACUGGAUGUUUCCUCAUACAAGCAAAAGUAUAGCCAGAAGUCUAACUUUGCAAAUGAUGAUCUUCCAAGCCCAACUCCUUCUGGUGAUGGUGAUAAAUCUGAAGACAAAGAUGGUGAUAUGUUUGGUGAAAUUUCAAGCUUUUCAUCUUCAAAUAAGACUGCAUUGCCAAGUGUGAGUCAGAUACCUGCUUCUCGGCCUAGUACAGUUAGCAGCAGCAAUGGCAGUUUCAGUGGUCCUCCAGGUUAUGCUAAAAAAAUUGAGCAGUCUGUUUCAGGCCCCAACCUUGCUCUAAAACCUUCAGCUAAAAGUAGAGAUCCAAGGCUCAGGUAUUUGAACCGUGAUCCUGGUGAUGCAAACAGAUGUAUGAAUUUUGCAGAACCCAAUGCGUCCCUAGGGGGGACCUUGGGCAAGCACAAGGCAGUUGGCCAACCUCUGAUGGAUGAAAACAUGGUAAAAAGAGCUAGGGGGAGUAUUGGUAAUCCCAGGGACUUGCAGGUACCACCAGGUAGAGAUGGAAGCAAUAUUAGCUUCUAUCCAAGUGAUAGAGUUCAAUCAAAUCAGAAUACAAGGCUUGAUACCAAAACAACAGGAAAUCCGAAUCUUAGGGCAGACAGUCAACUGCUUAGUAAUGUGAGUAGCAUCACAAAUAGUAGUGUAACGAGUACCAAAACUCUUAAUGCCGGGCAACCUGAUUCAGUUCCACAGACCAGUGCAGCUCCUAGUGUUUCGCUGCCUGCAGUGUUAAAGGACAUUGCUGUGAACCCGACUGUGCUCAUGCAUUGGAUUCAAAUGGAGCAGCAGAAGAGGUCAGCAUCAGAACCUCAGCAGACGGUAAAUACUUUAGGUGGUAUCUCUUCUGGCAUGAUCAAUAAUGACACUGCAGGGAUGGUUAUACCACCUGGCAGUGCUCUAAAAACUGCAGAUGCUGCACAAAUUCCUUCUAUUAGGCCACAAUGUCCGACGCAAACAGCCCCUGUGAUCUCACAAACUGAUGCUGGAGUAAUACGUAUGAAACCGCGUGAUCCCCGUCGCAUUCUCCAUAAUAACACAUCGCCAAAGAACGAUACAACGAACUCUGAGCAGGCCAGAAGCAAUGGAAUUGUCCUGCCAGUCUCCCAGGACAGCAAAGACAAUAUGAUCAACCGUGAACAACAGGCAGAGCAACUUCAGACUGGUGCAUUGCCUUCUCAACCAGUUUCAUUAUCCAACAUUGCUCGGCCAUCCACCAUGAGCGCCAGUAUGGUGGAUCCUGUCUCUAAUUCACAGUUAGCUGCUUCAUCACUCAUGGCUCCUCAGCAAACUUCAGGCAGCAUAAAUAGGGCAGAUCCAAGACUAGCUCCUGGGCAGAAUGAUCCCAAUGCUGAUGCCGCAACAAAUGCUUCUCCUGCUACAACGCUUGGUGCUGCACCACCAGCUAACCAAUGGGGAGAUCUCGAUGAUCUCCUUAGCGGUUAUGAUGACCAGCAGAAGGCUCUCAUACAGAAGGAAAGGGCAAGACGGAUCAUGGAGCAGCAGAAGAUGUUUUCAGCAAGGAAGCUUUGUUUGGUACUUGAUUUGGAUCACACACUCCUCAAUUCUGCGAAGUUUUUAGAAGUGGAUCCUAUUCAUGAAGAGAUUUUGCGGAAGAAAGAGGAGCAAGACCGGGAGAGGCCAGAGCGCCAUCUGUUCCGUUUGCAUCAUAUGAGCAUGUGGACCAAACUGAGACCAGGAAUAUGGAACUUUCUUGAGAAGGCAAGUAAGCUUUACGAGUUGCAUCUAUACACGAUGGGGAACAAGCUGUAUGCUACUGAGAUGGCCAAGGUUCUUGACCCAACUGGAGCACUGUUUGAGGGGAGAGUCAUCUCAAGAGGUGGUGAUGGCACGUCAAGAGGUGGUGAUGGCGAUUCUUUUGACAGUGAUGAUCGAGUACCGAAAAGUAAAGAUCUUGAUGGGGUAUUGGGGAUGGAAUCUGCAGUCGUGAUCAUUGAUGACUCUGUGAGAGUCUGGCCCCACAACAAAAACAAUAUGAUUGUUGUAGAAAGAUAUACCUAUUUCCCCUGCAGUAGACGGCAAUUUGGCCUUCCUGGACCAUCACUUCUUGAAAUUGAUCGAGACGAAAGGCCAGAGGAUGGCACUCUUGCUUCUUCACUGGCGGUUAUUGGACGCAUUCACCAAAACUUCUUUUCUCAUCCCAACCUAAAUGAUGCUGAUGUGCGGAGCAUACUAGCAUCUGAGCAGCGAAGGAUCCUUGCUGGCUGCCGUAUUGUCUUCAGCCGGAUAUUCCCGGUUGGAGAAGCUAACCCCCACUUGCAUCCUCUAUGGCAGAGUGCAGAGCAGUUUGGUGCAGUGUGCACGAACCAGAUUGACGAUCGGGUCACUCAUGUUGUCGCCAACUCCCUUGGGACUGACAAGGUGAAUUGGGCAUUGCAAACGGGCAGAUAUGUUGUUCAUCCAGGAUGGGUAGAAGCUUCAGCACUCUUAUACCGACGCGCCAGUGAGCACGAUUUUGCAGUUAAAUAACAUAUCCUGAGCCUAAAUUCCCAUCCAGUGUCCCUGGGAUCCUCCUAGGACAUGGUUCGGGUCAUGAAAACAUAACAUGACAAGAAAAACGAGACAACUUCACUAAAAACACUGGACCUUUCUAAGGAAACAAUUGUCUCUAAGAGAACCGCAGGUUAAAACAGGCAACGAAAAAUGCUUUCUCCAAAGCCUGAAAGAAGAGAGGUUUAGCCCAAACUGUCUUGGGUGGUGAAUAUGUUUGCUUGGAAGGGUUCAGAUACACCAUGGAAGACAGACAUGCCAAAGGCAAAGGUGGGCGAAGAGUCACCACUCUAUACCUUGUAACAUGUAGAAAUGGUAUCUUUCCUGUACGGUUAUGUGUUUGCGGCUUUGCGCUGGCCUCCUGCCAAGCGUGUGCUGCUUGCCACAGAAAUGGGUCAUGGACUCAUGGCCGAUAUCAGUCAUCCGCCGAAGUGGCUGCAGGAGCAGCAGUCCUUGGAAUGAAGGAGUCAUUUAAGUCCCUGUGCUCAAAGCCACAUGGAAAAGGACACCUGCUCUCUACACUCUCCGCAACAGAACAAAAAGUUUUCGUAUUCGUACGGUGCGAGGUAUCAGUUCAUGACGCCAGGGUAGGGCGUGUACGGAAAAGCUUUUUGGUCAGCGGGGAGUUAAAAGGUGUGAGAUAAGAAUGCAGAAGAUGUCAUCGAAAUGUUCGGUGAAAUUUUUCCAAAGAUUUUGGUGGCUAGAACUUGGUAAAGGAAUAGUAUGGCCGGAUGAUUCGGACUGUAAGGGGCUUGUAGGGGGGAUAAUGAUGAAAAAUUAACUUUGCAUUGGUUUCUAUACCGAACUCCUCACAUUAAUUGGCUGUUAAAAAUCUUAACUCCAAAAGGCAUUUAACAUAUUAACUUUUCCCACCAUAUAUUUUUCUUGCACUCUUGAAAACCUACCUUCUGUUCAGUGGGGGAGACGGGACCAGCAGGAGCCCUCAUUUGGAAAUUACGUCUAGGUCACUUCUUUUUUGUACAUGUAACCAUGUAUUUUUGGGCUUUGGCCCACCUAAUGACAGUAUUUUCUGCUCUGGCCCUCUA